UGUAGAAGAAGGGAAAAUGGCUCAAGAAACUAACCGUAGCCAAGUGCCUAUGCUUUGUUCCACUGGUUGCGGAUUUUAUGGGAAUCCUCGUACAAAUGGCAUGUGUUCAGUGUGCUACAAAGAACACCUUCAAAGGCAGAACAGUAAUGGUAGAAUUAGCCCUCCUGCACCCUCUGUCAGUAGUAUAACUGAGUCCUUACCAGUUCAGUGCACAGAAGGCAGCACCCAGGAAACUCAGUCAACUUUAGAAUCUACAUCGACUCCAUUGACAUCCAUGCAGCCAAGCCCUGUGUCAAGUCAGUCACUCUUAACAGAAUCUGUAGCAUCAUCCCAACCAGAUAGUACGGCUGCGGACAAAACAGUACCUGAGACAGAAGAUUUGCAAGCCUCAGUGUCAGGGAAUGCAGAGCCUACACCUGAAGAACAAGACAAGACACUUGACAAACCAAAACAGAAAAAGAAUCGUUGCUUCAUGUGCAGGAAGAAGGUUGGACUCACUGGGUUCGAGUGUCGGUGUGGAAACGUUUACUGUGGUAUGCACCGUUAUUCAGACGUACACAGUUGCUCUUACAAUUACAAAGCUGAUGCUGCUGAGAAAAUCAGAAAAGAGAAUCCUGUAGUUGUUGGGGAAAAGAUUCAGAAGAUCUGAACUGCUGCUUCUGCUGGAAUACAAAAAUCCUCUGACCAUCUGCAGAUUAAAUUGACUUGAGCUUUUUUCCUUAGUCAUCAGGAACGUAGAGCAGUGUAUCUUGCCUAGACCUUUUAAUCAUGCAUGUCAUCAGAUGAAUAGAUUUUUUUGGGUUUGGUUUUUUUUUUUUUCCUGUUUUGAAAAUGACUCUGAACAUUUAUUUUCAUUGCAGUUUUCUGUGGCUGAAGACUUAAGUAAACUUUACAAGUAUUAUCCUUUAAGAUCAUUUUAAUUUUAGUUGAGUGCAGAGGGCUUUUAUAACAAAGACGGAGAGAACAUUGGAGGGCUGUGCUUUUCCAGGAUAAAACAUGCAUGCGUUAACUUUGCAGUUUAUUUUCUUGUUGUAUAUAGCUUUUCUCUGCAGCACAAUUUCCUUUUUUUGAUAAUGCCUUGUAUGGCACAACUAGUUAUCAGUAACUGAAUGUAUUUUAAUCAUUAUGGCUGCUUCUGGUUUUUUUUUUUCCCCAUUAACGAGAGGUUAUACAUGUUCGCAUAUUAGCUUGUUUGCACCCUCUACCUAUUUAUGUAUGAAUCAUUUGUAAUGAGAGUGUGUGCUGAGAUUGUG